AUGGCGUCAGGAUACGGCUUGACCGGAGGUGUCUCCCGCUGUUUUCCUUUCUGGCAGGAGUACAUGUCUUGCUACGUUAUCAAUCAGAACGAUCCUGAAGCCCGAGCCAGAGGCGUCUGUGCCCCACGAUUGGAGGAUUACUACGAAUGCCUACAUCACAGAAAAGAGUACGCACGGACAGUGGCGAUACAGAAGGCACUACAGAAGGCUGAGGCUGCAAGUCCCCGAGAGAAUGCCCCCAAGCUAGGUCAGAUACGAAGCCUUGGACUUAUCGGCCGGGAGGAGGAUUCGAAAACAUUCUUAGGAACAACA